AUGCCCAACACGGUCUGGAGCGUGAGUGGCCGGACGCUGCUCAAGGACGGCUCCGUCUUCUUCAUUCGCGGCAUCAACUACCAGCCGACGCCGAUUGGCAAAUGGGGCGGCGGUGACUUGCUCUUGGAGCCGCACCUCUGGCGACGGGAUUUACCGCUGCUUCGGAACCUCAACGCCAACGCGGUCAAAGUCUACAAUUACAGACCUGGAAAUGUGCUGGGGCACGUCGCCUUCCUCGACGCAGCCUACAACGCGGGCUUCAACCCGCUCUACGUCAUGUUCUCGGUAUGGGUGCCUCCGACCGUCAUGCAGGCGGGCGUUCCACUCGACAGCCCCCUCUUCCAAACGUACGUGGCGGCGUAUUUGGCCAUGGCAACCGAGGUCUCGUGUCACCCGGGCACGAUGGGCUUUGUCAUCGCGGGCGAGAUCAACUUUUACCCGGACGUGACGGGGUCGCUCUUUUGGCAGAAAUUCAACGCACUCACGCAGGCAACGCGCACGGGCAUGUCGAUCGCGGGCUGUGCCAACACCAAGAUCAUCACGAGCAACUUCAUCGACGAUUAUGGGCAGACGCUUGCGUACGGCGAGCAAAACGGCGCGACUGUCGAUGUCUGGGGCAUUGACGUCUACGACAACCGGUUUAGCGCUGCCAAGGUGCAAGCCCAGCCCGGAUCACUCAGCGGCCCAUCAUCUUUGCAGUACGGUGUCCCGUACGCCAGCAAUGCGUACGAAGUGUUUGACCAAACGCAAUGGAACGUCGGGGGAUACCUUAUGACGAUGGCGAAUUUUCUCGAGAGCAACUUUAUGCGCCGCGACGAUAGCAAGAUGCCGGUGCUCGUCGGUGGCUUUGUCUUCGAGUACUCGGACGAGUGGUGGAAGGAAGCCAACCCAGGCGUGCAUGACAUGGCUCACGCCCCUCCCGGGCCGUUCUUGCCACUGGGCUACUUUGCGGAAGAGCAUUUUGGUAUCUUCUCCAUCGCGGCGACGUCGGGACCGGACACCAUGACCCCUCGCACAAUCGCUGCCCAGCUCGGCGGCCUCUGGUCGACGAAGAUCGAUGGGCAACCGUGGACCUCGCUCAAUGCACUUGUGUUUCCGGCGUCCGUACCGCCUAUGGACCAUUGCAAUGCGUCGAGCGCCGACAUCGCCGUGGGUCUCUCGGUCUACAAUGACCCGAUCUGUGGCCAAGGAGGCGCGGCCAUGGGCUGCCGCAACGCCUACUGUCGCAUUUGUCGGCAGUUUUGGACGCCCCAGAGCGCGCCGUACGUCGGGUGCCCGCCGCCAAUCGCCACGGCGACGUCGCCGUGCGUCAACACAACGAUGGUCUGCGCCAACGGCAUGGUGCUCUUCGCGAACGCGACGUGCCAGUUUGAUGCGUGCCCCACACCCGUGUGUGCGGUCGACAACGCUGGCUUACAACAAGGCCUUGGCAGCAUCUAUGACCCCGUAUGCGUCACCAACAUCCAAGCCGACGGUUGUGACGUCUAUCGUCGCGGCUGCCGCCUGUGCCGCCAGCCAGGCUCCCGUAACACGGUGUAUGCGGAUUGCCCCGUGGCAGCCAACGCACCGGCACCCUGCAUUGUGACGCAGGCUGACUUGAACGUUGGGAUCGACGUCACACUCAACCCCUCCUGCGCGGCGAAUGGCGGUAUUGGCUGUGACCCGUGGCGCCCUAGCUGCCAAUUCUGCAAGUUUCGUGUCUCUGCUCAGAGCACAAACUUGCUCCCGUGCCCCGGUGUCAACGUCACGCAAAUGUACUCGUCCCAGUUGGCGUCCAACGCAUCGUCCAAUGUGCCACCAGCGUCGACGUUGACAGGCAUCGCCGUCAUUUGCGCCGUCGUCGCUGCCACAGCGGUGAUGGUUCUGACCGUGAAGGCCGUGCAGGCUCGCCUUGCGCGGCAAGCCCCACGCAAGGACCAAAUCAUCGUCGUGACGCCCCGUGGACCCCACAUCCUCUAG